CGCCAAUGGAGAAAACGCCUGCUCUCUUAUUCGCGUCUGAUUCUCUCUGUAACUUGAAAAUUAAAAAAAACAAAAAAACAAGGCAGGAAAAAAGAUUCCCUAGUUUUUCCAAAUUUGGAAGAGUUAUUGGAAUCUGUUGGCUGUGAUUAAUCGGUAAAAGAUUUGCAUUAAUAUUGUUGCGUGUAUAAAUAGGAGAGCUUUGAAGAAAACAGGCUGGAGGAGUUAAAUAUCUCUGAAGAGGAAGAGAGUUCUGCGCUCUUGGUUGGGGAAAGAAACCAAGAGCAGAGAAUGGAGGGUGGUAAUAGUAGUGAAGCAGGGGAUUCUUAUCGUGGGAAAGUGCAUGAUGAACCUCUUGAGGUUCCUGAAACCGCCCAUCAGAUUAGUACUGAUUCAUGGUUUCAAGUUGGUUUCGUCCUCACUACCGGUAUAAACAGUGCAUAUGUAUUGGGAUACUCUGGAGCUGUGAUGGUCCCUCUGGGCUGGAUAUUUGGUGUAAUAGCUUUAAUUGUAGCAACAUCAAUAUCACUUGAUGCAAAUAUUCUUGUUGCCAAGCUUCAUGAAUUUGGGGGCAAGAGGCAUAUCCGAUACAGGGAUCUUGCUGGACAUAUAUAUGGAAGGAGAGCUUAUUCUCUAACAUGGGGAUUGCAGUAUGUUAAUCUUUUCAUGAUUAACACUGGAUAUAUCAUUUUGUCUGGUGAGGCACUAAAGGCCGCCUAUGUUCUUUACUGGGAUGACCACGCUAUGAAGCUUCCAUACUUCAUUGCCAUUGCUGGGUUUGUAUGUGCCGUGUUUGCCAUAGGAAUACCCCAUCUAUCAGCUCUUGGAGUUUGGCUAGGAGUUUCGACAUUCUUUUCCAUGGUGUAUAUUGUUUUAGCAAUUCUGUUAUCAGUUCAAGAUGGUAUCAAAUCUCCACCUCGAGAUUAUAGCAUCCCUGGAUCAACUACAAGCAAAAUCUUUACGACAAUUGGAUCAUGUGCUAGCGUUGUGUUUGCAUUUAAUACUGGAAUGCUUCCAGAAAUACAGGCAACAAUAAGGCAGCCUGUCGUUGAGAACAUGUUGAAAUCUUUGUACUUCCAAUUCUCAGUCGGAGUUCUACCUUUAUAUGCUGUGACAUUUGCCGGUUACUGGGCUUAUGGAUCCAAUACAUCAACCUAUUUGCUCAACAGUGUCAAUGGUCCAGUUUGGAUGAAGACUGCAGCCAAUAUUGCUGCUUUCCUCCAAUCUGUCAUUGCUUUGCAUAUAUUUGCAAGUCCAACGUAUGAGUACUUGGAUACAAGGUUUGGAAUUAGAGGAAGUGCACUGGCAGCUGGUAACUUAUCGUUCAGAAUUGCAGUAAGAGGCGGCUACCUAACUAUCAACACAUUCAUCGCUGCACUUCUGCCAUUCCUUGGUGAUUUCAUGAGCCUUACAGGGGCCAUCAGUACAUUCCCUUUGACAUUUAUUCUUGCAAAUCACAUGUACCUUGUUGUGAAGAAGACCAAACUGUCUAGUUUGGGAAAGUUAUGGCGUUGGUUUAAUGUUUGUUUCUUUGGUUGCCUGGCUGUCGCUGCAGCAAUUGCUGCAUUGAGACUCAUUGCUGUAGAUUCAAAAACUUACCAUGUGUUUGCUGAUCUAUAACUUGAUUCCUCAUCAAGUUUUUGUUGCUUAUUUAUAAACAACAGAAUAAUGGUUACUUAUUGUUAGGACCCAUAAAAAGGUGGGAAAUGGAUAGUUAUGAAGGUAUUUAUGAGCAAGAAUAAGAGUGGGAAACAUGAGCAGUUAUGAAGGCAGUUUAUAGAGGUAGUCAUAGGCAAGUAUAAGAGGGAAAUUUCGGAAGGGAGGUAAGGAUUAAUUGGGUUUUGCUUGGGUAACAUUUACCAAUUGAUGUAGAUAGUAUAGCUUCACAAAUGUUUGACUAAUUAAGCAGAGAUUCUGAUCUCUCAAAUACCAAAAUAGAGAGGGGAAAUUAUUGAUUCUUCAUUCCCCUUUUCAUUAC